AUGCAAGUCCUCAGUCUGUAUCUCGCAUAUCUCAAUGGAAUCCUCUACCUCAUGGUUGCCACCUUCCCCGACGUCUGGGCAGGUAUCUACCACGAGUCGGUGUCCAUCGGCUCCCUGAACUACCUCUCGAUGACAGUUGGAUUAACCAUCGCCACGCAAUUCGGCGUCCGCUUCUCCGACAGGAUCUAUAAACGCCUGCGAGCAAAGAAUAAUGGGGAAUCGAAACCAGAGUUCCGUCUACCGACGCUUUGCGCAGUCGCCGUCGUCGUCCCCAUCGGGCUAUUCUGGUACGGAUGGAGCGCGAGAACGAGUAUACAUUGGAUUAUGCCAAACAUCGGGGCAGCAAUCUACUCCGGCGCAACCGUCGCACAACUCGUCUGCGUGCAGGGCUACCUGAUCGAUACGUACCAGGUAUACGCGGCCAGCUCAAUGGCGAGCGUCAUGGUUCUGAGGAACUUAUUGGGGUUUGGGUUGCCGCUGGUGGCGCCUAGCUUAUACGGUAAUCUAGGUUUUGCGUGGGAAAAUACGCUUCUGGCGUGUGUUGCUGUUGUGAUUGGGAUUCCGGCGCCGUUGUUGCUGUGGUAUUAUGGGGAGAGACUGAGGGGGUUGAGUACAUAUGCGAAGAGUUAA